CCUCCAUGAUCACAGAAACUGGCAGAAGGUCAUGUCUCAAGCUGAAGGUCUUCGUGAGGCCGCCGAAUGGCUGUGAGAAAACCAUAGGCGUUCAUGACCGCGUUUUUGUCGAUGACAAAGUAGACAAUGCAUUAGAACCAAGAGACGACACGAGUCAUGAGGCUGAACCAUCCCGGAGCGACGUGUCGACUUCAGGCCUGCGGCACCAGACGUCGCGCCCCCUGCUGGCGCUCCUGCUGCUCUGCAUCUCGCUCUAUCUGCUCUUAUAACCCAGAGCUUUCCAUCAUCUUUCACCCAUAUUUAAGUGCUCCUUCGAUUAGCCGCGCAGAGAAGAAUCGCAGAUUAUCACCCGAUUAACCAAUCACGGCGGCAGCUCUCUGCUGAUUGGCUGCUGGGAGGAUGGGGGCGGAGUCAGAGUGUCACAUCAAAGAGACAUCACACCAUCAAAGCCGGCUCUGCUGUUAGAAAUCAAAAACACAAAGACUUUUCUUGCCUUCUUUCGUCCUUCGUCUGCCUUCCCGUAACAAACUGCAGAAGAAGAAACGGCCUGACGAUGCAUCUCGGAGAGUUAAUUACUAGUCUAAACACUGAAAAAAGAAUUCAUUGGGUUUACAAAAAUAAUAUUUAAGGUAAGUGGUUGUGAAACAAUUUAUACAGUCGAAGUCUGAAGUCCUCCUGAAUUAUUAGCCCCCUGUGAAUUGUGUAAAUAUGUAUUCAACACAUUUCUAAACAUAACAGCUUUAAUAACUCAUUUCUAAUAGCUGAUUCAUUUUAUCUCUGUACAUAAUAUUUGACCAGAGAUUUUUCAGGAUACUAGUAUUCAGCUUAAAGUGACAUUUAAAGGCUUAAUUAGGGUAAAGUUAGGGUAAUUAGGCAAGUCAUUGUAUAACAGUGGUUUGU